AGAGACACAGAGAUGUGACUCUGUGGAGGAGCAGCUAUCCAGAUGUUCUUUAUGUCAGGACGUCCUGAAGGAUCCAGUCUCUACCCUCUGUGGACACCGGUUCUGCAGACAGUGCCUCCCCUCAUUCAGGGACCAGUCGACUUCUUCAGCCUCCUGUCCCCAGUGUGGAAAAAGAACCAGAACAGUUCUUGUCUCUCAGACAGACAGUCAGUCCAGCUCUGAUGGAAGUAAGUCUGAACAUCUGUCCUUUAAACCCUAAAUUACACAAUUUCUGCUUGAAUUAUUCUGUUUAUUUUAACCAUAAAAUCAACAGAAAAUGUCCUAUGAGUGAGUGUUUUAACACAUUUUUCCACAACACUUUGAACUUUCAUUUCACUUUCAGAUUUUUCAUUUGAAAUCAGAAAUUUGAAGAGUAUCAAACAUACUUAGAACAAAAACUUUGGAGUGCUGUCUCUCAAAGAGCAAAAACAGGUUAAAUAAAUACAACUACAACUUCUUCUUCUCUCCUCUCGGGCUGCAAACACACUCCUCUCUCACUCUGAGGUCUUGGUGGAACUGUCAGAAGUUCAACAGACACACAUCACACCCCUCACAUUUCCAGACAGUUCUCCUCAUGACAAAGUUUGCAGCGUCGUCUCCCCAUGCUGGUUCUUUGAGACUUCAGCUGUCCAUGGUUUGUUGGGACAUGUAGGUGUUUGUCACCUGUAGUUUUCUUUGCUGGAGACAAACUCUGAGAAGAUGUGCAGAAAGCUCCUCCUGAAAGCACCAGGGACAGGUUUUAGGUUGAACCUCAGUAGCUGGGGUCUCCAUCAUCAGAUUCAGAUUUUCAUCUAGGAUGAUGUAGUGAGCGGCUUCACUGUCACUACAGCCCAGAGUGUGGGGUCUUCCUCUCUCUCUCUCUCUCUCUCUCUCUCUCUCUCUCUCUGAGCAGUGAGUGUGCUGAGUGAGUGUGCGGAGCGAUUGUUCGAGUGUUUGAACAUCUUUUCUAUCUUUUUGUAGCUUUCUCAUGAGAGAAAGUCUGCUUUAUUUGUAUUAAUAGUUGUAGGUGAGUAGUUUAGUUGAGAGUUUGGUGGUGGUGGGCUGACAGCAGGGCGACAUGCCCGUUGUCAGUGGUCACGCCGAGCUGGAGCUGCUAACUCGCCGGCACGCGGUGAAAGUGUUACCUGGAGCUGGCGUGUCGGUGGAGGAGGUAAGCUAUGCUGUUGGUGAGGUGGUGGGAUUCGAGAGUGUAAAGUCAGCAUCUAGGAUGAAUAGUGCUGUUGUGAUUUUUUUAGAUGAGGUGAGUAAAGUGGAGAGGGUGGUGGAAUCAGGUGUAGUAUUGAGGGACACGUUCACUUCCGUGUUUCCUCUGGUGAACGUGGCUAAAAAGGUAACAGUGUCAAAUGCACCACCGUUUAUAAAAAAUGAUGACCUGUGCAAAGCUUUGAGUAAGUACGGUCAAAUUGUGUCACCAAUAAAAAUGGUCUUGCUAGGGUGCAAAUCACCAAAGUUAAAACAUGUCGUGUGUCACAGGAGGCAGCUGUUCAUGAUACUGAAAGACGCCGAAAACCCUUUAAACCUGUCGCUAAAUUUUAAGAUCGAAGGUUUUAACUACGUGGUUUUUAUUACAUCGGACACAAUGAAGUGUUUUGGGUGUGGGGCUGAAGGACAUCUCAUCCGAGCAUGUCCUGAGGCCAGAAAGGAGAACGCCGGGGCUCCGGGCCCGGAGCGCACGGCGGGUGAAGCCGGGGCUCCGCGCGCGGAGCGGCCGGCGGAUGAGGCCGGGCCCCGCGCGCGGAGCGGCCGGCGGGUGAAGCCGGGGCUCCGCGCGCGGAGCGGCCGGAGGGUGAGGCCGGGGCUCCGCGCGCGGGGCGGCCGGCGGGUGAAGCCGGGGCUUCGGGCGCGGGGCGCCCGGCGAGUAAGGCCGGGGCUCUGGGCGCGGAACGCCCGGCGGGUGGAGCCGGGGCUUCGCGCGCGGAGCGGCCGGCGAGUGGGGCCGGGGCUCCGGGCGCGGAGCACGAGUCAGACGCCUCGGGCUCCCGUUUGAGUAAGCAGGUGCCCGAGGAUAACAGAAUGGAAGUGGGUCUGAGUGGGGAUGCACCAAAUGAAAAUAAUGUAAAAAUUGAUCAACAGAAAAAAACUGUAAAUACUGUGGUGGAGGGAGGAGGAGAAAACAAAUCAGACAUUGACAGCAUGAUCGAAGUGAUUAUGGAAGACGUUUUUAACGAACAAAACAUCAGUCUUAAAUACAGCAAAAGAAAACCAAAUGAUCAGAGUCAGGGGGGAGGGAAGGCCAUGAAGGUACUGGAGGACCUUUCUGAGGAAGAGGAGGAGGAGGAAGAGGAGGAGGAAGAGGCUGACUUUACUCCUUCUCAAAAAGAAAAAAUCACAAAUUACAGUGUGACAAAAAUCAAAAAGUUUUUAGCUGACACUAAAGGUCAAUGGGCGGUCAAAGUGGAAAAUUUUUUCCCAGAUUUAAAUGGUUUUAUAAACUCAGUGAAUCGUUUUCAAAGAGAGAAUGCGUUUACUGAGCAGGAAGUCUACAGACUCAGUAAACUCAAAAAAAGGGUCAAAGAAACACUCAGAGUGACAAGUAACUGAUUUUUAUGAUAUCGUGUUUUUUAUCCCCUGUUUUUAUUUGUUCGGUUCUUCUCACAGUUUUUAUGAACAUUCGCAUUGGGACUCUAAACAUAAACGGAGCUCGGUCAGACUAUAAGAGAGCAUCUCUGUUCCAGCUGUGCCAGCUGAAAAAGCUGGACGUACUUUUUGUGCAGGAGACCCACAGUGAUCAGAGGAAUGAGGGGGACUGGAGAAGGGAGUGGCCAGGCCAGGUCUAUCUGAGUCACAAAGUGUCCAACAGUGCUGGGGUGGGGAUCCUGUUCUCCAGGUUCUUUAACCCUCACACUGUGCAGGUGCACCAGGUGAUGGAUGGACACAUUUUAAUGGUUAAGGCUCAGUAUGAGGAUUUUAAAUUUGUUUUUGUGUGUGUUUAUGCUCCAGUGCUGGGCAGAGACAGAAUGCUGUUUUUAAAUACUCAGUGUGAUGUGGUGGGGGGUGUGGAGGAGGGUUUUUUAUUCCUGGGGGGUGAUUUUAACUGCACUGCUGAUGCAGUGAUGGACAGGAAUCACCUGGAGCCUCAUCCUGCCUCAUCCACUCGGCUAAAAAGACUGAUAGAAACUCAUGACCUGAAGGACGUGUGGAGAGGGUUGAAUGGCUCCACCAGGCAGUACACCUGGUCCCACUGCAAAGACAACAGCUUGUCUCUUGCCAGACUGGACAGAUUUUAUUGUUUUAAACACCAUUUCAGCAUUUUUAGGAAAUGUCUUAUUGUCCCUGUGGGUGUGUCUGAUCACUUUUUAGUCCAGUGUGACUUUUUUAUUCAGAAUGUGAAGACAUCCAGCGCCUACUGGCAUUUUAACACGGCUCUUUUAGAAGACUGUGCUUUUAAAGAUGCUUUUAGGUUUUUAUGGGCUUCACACAGGGACAGGAAGGCAGAGUUUUUAUCAGUGCAGAGAUGGUGGGACUAUGGGAAGGUUUUAAUUCAGCAGUUCUGUCAGCAGUAUACUCGCAACGUCACCAAGUACAUCACCAGAUCCCUCCAGGUCCUGGAGACUGAGGUACAGAACCUGUUGGACUGUACAGGAGAAGGGAGGCAUGUUGAGGCCCUCCAAAAGAAGAAGGCGGCCAUAGCCAACCUGCUGGGCACUACAGCACAGGGGGCGCUGGUGCGCUCCCGCUACAUGAACGCCUCCAUGAUGGACGCCCCAUCGAAGUUCUUCUUCAGCCUGGAGUCAAAAAACGGACAGAGGAAGGUGAUCCACAGCCUGCGCGCCACUGACGGAUCAACCAUCACUGGGGCCUCAGAGAUCCGCAGGCAUGCCACAUGUUUUUAUAGAGACCUUUUUAAAAGUGAACUGGUGGAGGAUCCACAGCUGGAGGCAGACUUUCUGUCUGACCUCCCUCAGGUGGGACAGUCGGGGAACUCUCUCCUGACAGCGGACCUGACUCUGGAGGAACUGCAUGUGGCCCUCAUGAGCUUGGCCAACGGAAAGGCCCCAGGCAUCGACGGGAUCCCAGUGGAUUUCUAUAAGACUUUCUGGCCCGUGGUGGGCGAGGACUUAUUGGAAGUAUUUCAGGAGAGUUUGAGAACAGGACUGCUACCGCAGAGCUGCAGGAGGGCUGUCAUAACCCUGCUCCCCAAGAAGGGAGACCUCCAAGAACUGAAAAACUGGAGACCGGUCUCACUGCUCUGCGGGGACUAUAAGGUCCUCUCCAAAGCCCUGGCUCUACGGCUGCGAGAGGUGAUGGCGGAGGUGAUUCAUGUAGACCAGACUUACUGUGUGCCCGGCAGACUGAUCAGUGAUAACAUCACUCUGAUUCGGCAUGUUUUGGACGUCUCUAGCUCUUUAGGCGUUGACACUGGUCUGAUUUCCAUAGACCAGGAAAAGGCUUUUGAUCGGGUUGAACACCAAUACCUGUGGAAGACGCUCGCCGCCUUCGGGUUCAGCCCAGAUUUUAUAGCCAGGGUUCGGGUUAUGUACCGUGACGUUGCGAGCAUACUCAAGAUUAAUGGUGGUCUGGCUGCUCCCUUCUGCGUUCAAAGAGGGGUUCGACAGGGUUGCUCCUUAUCAGGAAUGCUCUAUUCUCUAGCGAUUGAGCCCCUGCUAGAAAAAAUGAGGAGGACUCUGACAGGAGUUCUGUUCCCAGGAUGUCCUUCAGCGAUAAAACUGACAGCAUACGCUGACGACAUCAUGGUGGUUUUAAAUACACAGAAAGACAUUCAGGUUUUAGAGGACAAAGUAAAUCUUUUUAACAAACUGUCUUCAGCCAGGGUCAACUGGGCCAAGAGUGUGGCCUUCACCACAAACAGGGACUCCUUGGGGGGGCUGGUUCUUCCUGGGGGGCUCCAGUGGACAGUGGGGGGCUUAAAUAUCUUGGGGUGUUUUUAGGGGAUGAACAGUUUUUAAAGAGAAACUGGGAGGGGGUCCUUGAGGCUGUCGAGGGCCGACUGAAGAGGUGGAGGUGGUUGCGGCCGUCCAUGUCGUACAGGGGGAGGACCCUGAUCAUUAACAACCUGGUGUCGUCCUUCCUGUGGCACAGGUUGGCUGUUGUAGACCCUCCCCCUAACCUGCUCUCCAGGGUCCAGACUGUUUUAAUUGACUUUUUCUGGGACAAGCUCCACUGGCUCCCACAGGCGGUGCUGUUCCUCCCUGUGGAAGAGGGAGGUCAGGGGCUGGUGCACCUGGCCAGCAGGGGGCAGCGUUCAGACUGCAGUUUAUCCAGCGGCUGCUGUACGGGCCCCAGGACCUGGUGUGGAGGCCCCUGGCUCGGCUGAUUCUGCGGAGCGUGGGCGGCCUCGGCCUACAGGAGACUGUGUUUUUAUUGGAUUUUAAGACUGUGAGUUUUUUAUCCCUGCCAGUGUUUUACCGAGGUGUGUUCAGCGUGUGGAAGCUGCUGUGGAGGCAGAGGGUCCAGCACCAAACCUGCUGCUGGCUGCUGAAGGAGCCGCUGGGCCGUGGAGGCCUGCUAAGCAACCCUCCCUGGGCAGGAGCAGCGGUGGCCGAGGACCUGAGGACAGCGGGGAUCACCACGCUGGGGACCCUGCUGGACAUCACCGGACCCGACCUGCAGGAGACGGAGGAGCUGGCGAGGCGCUUGGGCUGGAGAUCGAGGAGGAACAUGAGCCGACUGCUGAGCCACUGGAGGACCUGCCUGACGGGACGAGACCGGCAACUGCUGGGAGAACAGCGACAGGAACAGACUGCCCCCUGUCCCAACCUACCGUUCCCCCCCCUCAUCAUCCGUCCGGGACCAGACCUGCAGCAGGAGGUGAGCCUGGAGAAGGCCGAGGGAAAGGCUCUCUCGGCUCUAAUGGUGAGGACGUUAAACCGAGAGAGACUGCAGCAACACAUCCGGUCCCCCUGGAGGGCUCGGCUGGUCCUGGGGGACAAGGUCCAGGCUGAGUGGAGGAGCCUGUACAAGCCUCCACUCUCCAAGAGGGUGGCUGACCUCCAGUGGAGACUAAUUUAUGGGAUUUUAGCUGUAAACUCUUUUAUUUCCAUCAUGAACUCAUCAGUCCAGAACAACUGUCCGUUCUGUGGAGCAGUGGAGACCAUCGUCCACUGCUUCACUGAGUGUCCUCGCCUCGCUCCUCUGUUCGAACUGAUGGAAUGUGUGUUCAGGAGAGCAGACGAGGUGUUUUCUUUUAAGACGUUCAUUCUUGGUUUUAAAUACAAAAGAGCUCAAAAAGAAAAAUGCCAAAUGUUGAACUUUGUGCUGGGACAAUCAAAAUUGGCGAUCUACAUGAGCAGGAAGUUGAAAGUGGAGGACGGUGUGGACUGUGACCCGGUGCUGCUGCUGAGCAGAACCAUCAAAGCGAGGAUUCUGAUUGACUUCAAGUACUAUAGAGAAAUGCAGAACAUGCUGCGGUUUUAUCAAACAUGGACCCAUGGUGGAGUACUGUGCUCAGUUAAAGAUGGUGGACUGGAGUUUUCAGAUCAGCUGGUCUGAUCUGGUUUUAUUUAUUGUUUUUAUUUAAAAUAUGUAUAUAUAUAUAUAUAUAUAUAUAUAUAUAUGUAUAUAUAUGAUGCUGAUUGUUGUUGUUGAAAAAAUGACUUGAAUAAAGUUGUUUUGAAAAAUCAAAAAAAAUCUCCCUCUCUCUUUCUCUCUCUCUAGCGCUCUCUCUCUCUCGCUCUCUCUCUCACACACACACACACUCUGUAUAAAGUACAAACAAAGAAUGAAUACCUUUCUCUGUCUGAAGUUGCUCUGAAAGCUUCUCCAUCGGUCCCAAAGUCGUCUGUAAACCUCAGUGGAGGUUUUCUCACUCAGGAUGUUUGUAUUUCAGUCAUUUUCCUUUGAAAUAACCACUUUUUUCACUUUUCUCUCUUUUUGCUCCAUUUCUCCGCUCUGUUGUGUGUCUAUCUGCUGCUUUCUUUGAGAGGGGGAGAGAGGACGGAGAGACAGAUUUUCUCUCUAAACAGCAGGAGUGAAAUUACCGUAAUAACUGUAUAUUGUCUGUCUGGUGAGACUUCUCAGCUUUCAGAAACCAUUGGAGUUUUUCUGACAGCACAAACUUUCCCACAGUUACGGUAAUUUAAAGAGCGCCUGUGUAAAGGUGUCGGCGCCGACAGACUGUGAGGAAAAGUCUGUGUGGAUGAAAACUCAGCUGACUGAUUUUCACAAAGACGUUUCAGUGUUGAGAAGUUUGGUUCAUUUUAUUUUUCUUCUCUUUCAGAAGAUGGUGGUCUGCAGGAGGUUUUAGAUGAACAUAAGAUCAGUCUGAAGAGGAGAUGUGAACGUGUGAAUGAAGGAAGUGAUGAAACAGGAAGUAGUCAAACCCUCCUCAACAGGAUCUUCACUGAGCUCUACAUCACAGAGGGACUGAGUGAAGAGGUGAACACCCAACAUGAGGUGAUACAGCUGGAGACAGCUUCAAAGAUGAAGACCCUCCAUGACACGCCCAUCAGGUGUCAUGAGAUCUUUCAAACCUUACCUGACCAACAGGAGAAGGUCAUCAGAGUGGUUCUGACCAACGGCGUGGCUGGUGUUGGAAAAACCUUCUCAGUGCAGAAGUUCACUCUGGACUGGGCAGAGGGUUUGGAGAACCAAGACCUCCAUCUGGUGGUCCUGCUUUCAUUCAGGGAGCUGAACCUGAUCAGAAAGAAGCGCUUCAGUCUUCUGAGUCUGCUCCAUGUUUUCCAUCCAACACUAGAGAAGGUCACAGCAGAGAGGCUGGCUGUCUGUAAACUUCUGUUCAUCUUUGACGGUCUGGAUGAAAGCAGACUGUCUCUGGAUUUCACAGACUCUGAGGUGGUGUCUGACGUCACACAGACGUCUUCACUGAACGUUCUGUUAACAAACCUCAUCAAGGGGAACCUGCUCCCCUCAGCUCUCAUCUGGAUAACUUCUCGACCUGCAGCAGCCAAUCAGAUCCCUCCUUCACGUGUGGACAGGGUAACAGAAGUACGAGGCUUCACUGACGCCCAGAAGGACGAGUACUUCAGGAAGAGGUUCACAGAUGAAGAUCUGUCCAGAAGAAUCAUCUCACACAUCAAGUCCUCCAGGAGCCUCCACAUCAUGUGUCAGAUCCCGGUCUUCUGCUGGAUCACUGCGACAGUUCUGGAGGACAUGAUGAGCAGAGAGCAGAGAGGAGAGCUGCCCAAGACCCUGACUGACAUGUACUCACACUUCUUGCUGGUCCAGACUAAGAGGAAGAAGCAGAAGUAUGAAGGAGGACAUGAGACAAGUCCUCAGGAGCUGACAGAGGCUGACAGUGAAGUCCUCCUGAAGCUGGGGAGGCUGGCCUUUGAACAUCUGGAGAAAGGAGACAUCAUGUUCUACCAAGAAGACCUGGAGCGGUGUGGUCUGGAUGUCUCAGAGGCCUCGGUGUACUCAGGAGUUUGUACAGAGAUCUUCAGAAGAGAGAGUGUGAUCUUCCAGAAAACUGUUUACUGUUUCGUUCAUCUGAGCGUUCAGGAGUUUCUGUCUGCAGUCUACAUGAUCCACAGUUUCACAACCAGGAACAAAGAAGCUCUGAAGACUUUCCUAAGAGGCAACGAUGACAAAAUGUUUCCUUAUUCUUUUAUAAACCUGGAUGUCUUCCUGAAGAGUGUCAUGAAGAAAUCCCUUCUCAGUAAAAACGGUCACCUGGACCUGUUUGUUCGCUUCCUUCAUGGACUCUCUGUGGAGUCAAACCAGAGACUCUUAGGAGGUCUGCUGGGUCACACAGACAACAGUCCAGAAAUGAUCCAAACAGUCAUCGAGAACCUGAAGGAGAUGAACAGUGAAGAUAUCUCUCCUGACAGAAGCAUCAACAUCUUCCACUGUCUGAUGGAGAUGAACGAUCUGUCAGUUCAUCAGGAGAUCCAAGAGCUCCUGAAGUCAGAGAACAGAUUUAAGGAACUCUCAGAGAUCCACUGCUCUGCUCUGGCCUACAUGCUGCAGAUGUCAGAGGAGGUUCUGGAUGAGUUGGACUUAAGGAACUAUAACACAUCAAACCAGGGACGACAGAGACUGAUCCCAGCUGUGAGGAACUGCAGAAAGGCUGAGUAAGUCCAGGUUUUAUUCUCAGAAUAGUGUAAAUGAUCCCUGUAGUUCUUCUAAUGUCCACGUUACUGAUGAUGUUCUUCUUCAAAUAGAAAUCCACUCAAAUAUCAGGGAGGGGGUUUCUUUAGCAAAAACAUGAUCCUGGUGUCUAAAGUCCUGUUAGCCCAGGAUGAGGUCUACCUGUGGACCCCUGAGAACUUGUCCUGAUUGUGGAGGACCUCUUUGUUUUGAAUCGUGUCUGUAAUGAAUAAAGUGGAACUUUCAGGACAAAUCAGCGACCAUAUCUGAGGACACACAGAGGUCUUCUGAUGAUGGUAUCAGUCCAGAUCAACAUCUCAGUCAGUUGUGGUGAACUUGAGUUUGAAGAAGGUGUCUGCAGCUUCUUCCUGCUGGUUUUCAGGUUGGAAAUGAUGAAUCUGUUGUAAAUGAGGGUGUUGACAGCAUUGAUGGUGAAAAUAGAACUGGAUCAUUUUCUACACAGUGGCAGAACUGUCUCUGUACCAUCAUGUUCAUCAUUCAAUAUUCAUCAUCAAUACAACCAUGAAAACUAACAUCAUUUUCCACCACUCACUGGAGAUUAUCUGCUGGACUAGAACAUAUGAAUGAUGAGAACACAGGAGGUAUUUGGACAGCAGCUCCAUGUGUCUGAAAACAACGGUGGUCUCUCUCUAUCUCCCCCCUCUCUCUCUCUCUCUGUCUCUCUGUCUCUCUCUCUCUCUCUCUCUCUCUCUCUCUCUCUCUCUCUCUCUCUCUCUCUCUCUCUCUCUCUCUCUCUCUCUCUCUCUCUCUCUCUCUCUCUCUCUCUGCCCUCGGUGCUGCAGGUUAGCACUGACACUAGUCUGCCUCAUAACACCUCAUAGCAUGUGGAAACAGCCGUGCUCUUCCACUGUAUAUAUGGACACCAUGUCUCUAAGGAGAAGCAGUGUGACUGCGUCAUCAUCAUCAUCAUCAUCAUCAUCAUCAUCAUCAUCAGUUUUCCAUGGUGUCCCUUUGUUGUCAUGGUGAUAGUGAAGAUGAUUCCUCUCAUGUUGAGGUGUUGGUGGGCUGUAGCGGUCUCAUUUCUCCCACUCGGCUGCACGCCUCUGUUUCAGAUGUUGAUGUAAAUUGGUCAGACUGCUGCCUUCUGCUGAAACAGCCUUUAAACAAACACUGCAGCAGACUGGGGUUUGAUCCAGGUCUGAGUCUGAGAGACUGAACCAGGUCUAAAGGACUAAAACCAGCAUUUCUGUCAUUGAAUUAAUGCAGGUACCCAUAUUGGUCCUCCGUGUUGAUAUGAUCAGGACUCAUUAUUGAUACCUCACUUCAUGAUUUAGUGCAGACAUUUAAAAAAGUGAAGAAAACACGUUCAAAUGUGAAUCUCUUUUAUUUCCCCUGACUCCAAAUGUUUCUUUCUGUAUGAAACACAAACUAUAAAAAUUCAAUCUGUUAUUUUUAUAGGAGUCAUGAGAACGUACGCCCCCUAGAGUUCAAAUAACCUCAACCCUGAAUUUGACCACAGCUCCUCAGGUUUAACUUUGUUUUUAUCGUUUAACUAUCAUGAAGUAUUGGACGAUAAUGUGCAGACAGAGAGAGAGAGAGAGAGAGAGAGAGAGACAGAGAGAGAGAGGGAGAGACAAAGAGAGGAAGACAGACAGAGAGAGAGAGAGGGAGACAGAAAGAGAGGGAGAGAGAGACAGAGAGAGAGAGAGAGAGAGAGAGAUGACCAGAGCCCAAAGACAGAGGUUCAGUGGGUCUUUGUUUCUGUCUCUUAAAGGUCUCUCUGGACUCAUCAGGCUUUAUAAAUGUGUUUCUGCUGCUGAAGGGAAUGUUACAUGGAGAAAAAACUUCAAACCAGCUCUAACCUGCUAAAAAAUUAUUUUAUCUGAACCAAUCAGAGAAAAAGGAGCUGCUGUGAUUUAGUGAGUCGUCCUCUGAUUGGUCAACAGUCAGUGUCUAUGGACAGACUUACAUUACAGCAGGAUGUCAACAUUAAACACUGAGAGGAGCACUGAUUCUCCAAGAGGUACUUUGGAUACUAACCAAUCACAUACCAGGACCAAAAACCUGGUUCUCAGUCCCCUUCUCCAACCAGAACUCAACAAUUCACUCAGUCAUAAUGAUCCAGCUGCACUAACAUGAAGACAACACUGUUAGAGAACAGAACGACUAAAAUAAGUCAUGGAGUCAUUUGUCUUGAACAUCUGAACAGUUUUUUUUUCUUCUAAACUUUGACUUCCUGUCUUCUCUCAUGGCUGUGGUCCUGAUAUUAGUAUCUGUCUGGUUAAAAAACAGGCCGUCUGUCAAACCAAAGAUCAUGUUUGUUUUUGGGGAAGAGAAACAUCAAAUUACCCUUUAAUGAAAUAUUGUUGAUAUUCAUGUUGUUACAGAUUGUGGGGCUGUGGACUCUCAGCGACUCACUGUGAAGUUGUGGCCUCAGCUCUGAAGUCCAACCCCUCCCAUCUGAGACAUCUGGACCUGAGUCACAACAAUCUGCAGGAUUCAGGAGUGAAGCUUCUCUGUGCAGGACUGGAGAGUCCAAACUGCAGACUGGAGUUUCUGAAGUGAGACACCAUUUCCUUCUGAUCGAACAAUAAGAUGUGACAGCUGCUGCCUGAGAUUUUUCUCUGUGGUUUUUCCAUCAACUUUGGUCGAGCAGUUUGAAUUUGUCGUUGUAAAACUUCGACACAGGAAGAAAAAUCCGACAUUUCAGAGUUGACUUUGAGGAGAACGAUGGAUGUAGAAAGGAAGCAGGAGAAAAUCAGUCCCACAAAUAUUACACAUGCUUGUAGAGGGCAGGAGCAGCACAGACUAAAGGCUGAUUUUGAACUGAUCCACAGUUAAUGUGAUCACUAAUGAAUGAAUGAAGUGUCAGAGAAAUGAUGAGCUGCAGAUUGAAACCUGAAGAACAAAGUUAAUCCAACUCUGGAGAUUUCAUUUGGAAACUCUUGAAAACUUGAAUUUCUUCUUUGCUCAGUCGUGUUCAAAUGUAAAAACCAGAUCCAGAUUUUUCUGCAGUUUUCACUUCAGUUUGUUGAACAUGAACAUCAUCUUGUCCAGUUGGUCCAUAAAAACCUCUCUGAUCAAUGAUCUGUUGAUUUAUUUAAGAGUAGUUUCGCAGUUGUUGACAGCAGACGGACAGACCCCUGAAUAAACUCCUGACUAUUUUCAUCUUCAUGAAGAAUUCAGGACGACAAAAGAACCUUUGAGAUUUCUCACAGGAGUUUCUCAGGAUCUCACUAAAGUUUUCUGUAAAAGGUUUUCUGAAAAAUUCCUCAAGAUUUUCAAAAAGUUUAGAGAGGAUUUUACAAAGUUCCUCAAGAUCAACUCUGAAAAAGUUCUUCUUCCAUGACCUUCAGAGGCUCAAGAACAUUGAAUCAUUAAGAGCAGGAACAGUUUCUUCAGAGGUUCAAUGAUUUUUUCCUUUUUCAGACUGAGUGGCUGCAGUUUGUCAGAGAUCAACUGUUCUUCUCUGGUCUCAGCUCUGAAGUCCAACCCCUCCCAUCUGAGACAUCUGGACCUGGGUCACAACAAUCUGCAGGAUUCAGGAGUGAAGCUGCUGUGUGAUCUUCUGCAGAGUCCAAACUGUAAACUGGAGACUCUGGAGUAAGUUUAGUCUUUGUCUGUUUCUGUUGUAGAUUUUUAUGUUUGUUCAGUUUUUUUAAUUCAAAUGUUCAUAGAAUUCUUUGAUAUUUCCAGAACUUUCUUCUUUCUCACAUAAAUUCAUAGUUUUUUAUUGAAUCAUCAGUCAGAUACAGAUGGAGGAAAACUGUGAGUUAUUUUGUUGAUUGAAUGUUGAUGAUUUUUUAUAAAUGGUUCAGAUGAUCACUGCAGUGAUGUUGACGGGUUUACUUCCUCGGUCUCUAAAUCAGUCAAAUGUUCAAGGAUGCAGUGAACUCACUAUCCAUGCAGCUCAGGAACACAGCUCAUCUUUUUCAUACAGGAAACUUUGUCAACAACAAAGGUGUGUUAAAGUCCCAUCAGUCAGCAGCUUCAGUCACAAACCUCGCUAUCAGAGCUCCGUCAUUUCAACCCUCUGUAUAACUCCUCAGCACAGACCAGACCCUGUGAGCACAUCCUCACAACAUGCUGCUUUAGUUACAACAACAACAAUCAGCUGUUAGCAGAGAUUUCAUCCAAACAGUCCAGGAUACAAACUUUGAAGUGGUUGGAAAAUUCAGGUGUCCACCGCUCAUGCAGAGUUGACUCAUGUUGAUGAUGUUUUCAUGUCUAGAGGACAUGCUGGAGUGAAUUCAACCAAACCUCCUGAGAAAAAGACAGCGGUGGCAGACAUUAGAUCAGGCUUCAUGACGUCUGUGCGUCCCUUUAUUCAACCAGAUCAGCAGUCCCAGAGUUUUCCCUCAUCUCUUUAGAUUUGAUGGUUUUUGUGAUUUUGAUGUUUCCACACAAACUUAAAAUAAAAUUUUAGAUUUGACAUUUUGAACAUAUUCAUGAGUUAAUAUUGAUUAAUUACAACCAUAUCAUACUGAUAUCAGACAGGAGUGUGACAGGUGUUUAUUAGUCUUUUUGACACGUUACAAUCAUGAGGAUAAAGUCAUGGACUAAACUUGGGCUCCCAGUUUCCUUGUUGUUGUUUCUUCAGCUAGCAUCGUUGUUUUCAUCACAGUUAUUAAAGUAAUAAUGAUGCCUCAUAAAUUCAGAGUCACAAAAAAACACCAAACAAACCAAAUCUGAACAUGAGGUUUGAGUUGUCAUGAGGAGGAAACGAGAAAGAUCUGCUCUGACAGUUAGAAACACAGACACCUGAAUUUACACUGACAGACACACAAAUACAGACAGUGAGACACAGAUUCAGAUUCAGAUUCAGAUUCCUUUAUUAACCAUUGUGUAAAACACAUAGGAAUUUGCUUUGGCAAUAGCAUGAGUGUGUUCGGAUGUUUUUUCACAGAUAACAUAAAACACAAACAACACAGUGCAGAAAAAUGGAUAAAUAUAAAGUGCAGUAGGAUCAAUAGUGCAAAUGUUGUUGAGUCAUUACAGUUUCAGAGUUUCAGAGUCAUUUCAAGUGACAAAGUCCCUAGUGGGUGGGGAGAGGAGGGAGGCCAGACUCAUUGAGCAGCCUGGCAGCAGAGGGGAAAAAACUGAGUCUAUGGCGUGCUGUGGUGGCCUUCAGCAGCCGCAUCCUUCUCCCAGAGGGGAGCAGGGAGAGGAGACUGGCCAGGGUGGGAGGGGUCGGCUAUGAUUUUUCUUGCCCUCCUCAGCGCCCUGGAGUUGUGCAGGGACUUGAGGGAGGGCAGCGGGCGGCCAAUCACCCUCUCCGCUGAACGAAUCACCCUCUGCAGCUUGAUAAGGUCUUUUGCAGCUGCAGCGGGGAACCAGGUCCAUCUUCAACCAGUGGGUGAGGAUGGACUCAAUGAUGGCCGUGUAAAACUGAGUCAUCAUGGUCCUUGAUAGUCUGUACUUCCUCAGCUGCCUUAGGAAAAACAGUCUCUGCUGGGCCUUUUUCAAAAGGGACAUGAUGUUCAUGACACACAAAUACAGACAGUGAGACACAGACAGAGACACAGACACACAAACACAGACACACACAGAGAUUUUCCUCUUCGUCUCUUUGCUGUGAUGACUGAAGUCACAAAAACAAAGUUUUCUUCGUCACUUUUAUGAUUGAACCAAAAAAGUUAAAGAGCCAAACUCUCAGAUGGCUCAUAUGGUUUGAAAGGUUCCUGCAGCAAAACCCGAUUAGAGAGUGGACUAAAUGAAAUGAAAUCAGCUGACCUGUCUCAUCAGAGUCUCAUCCAUUCUCUGUUUGGCAGAGCGCUGAUGUUACAGUCUGAGAGCACAUUCAGGUUCAGCUUCACAUGGGCUGGAUCUGCUCAAUACAAACUCUUGAGACCAGCCUGGUUGAGGGAGGUGGGCUCAGUGUCCUGGGUGACUCUCUCUGAGCUCUUCUUGGUUGAGAGUAUUUCUGGUUUGUCUCUGACUUCCAUGAACUCAGAUCUGGAGGAUUGCUGGCUGGUCCGGUCCAGUUCUGACAGUAGAGACAACACAGUCUGUUAUUCUGGGUUGAGUGUUCUUGUUGAAGAUCAGUGUACAGUGAGGGAUGAAGGCAGACAAAGAUCCUCCUGUUUCCUCCAUGUCACAGUUCAAGUUCAUUUUGAAGACUUUGAUUGAUCCGAGCGCUGAAGAGGAACAGGAAACGUGGAGUAGAGAGUGAGGGAGGACUUACAGCAAAGGAUCAUGGGAGUCCAACCAGCAACUGCUGCAACAAAGACUCCACCUUCUGAACACCUGAACCUCUAAUCCAAACCAGUGCUCCAUCACAUUUAAUGUCUUGUUCGUUAUUUUACAUGGAGGGUCAGAGCAGACCAGAUCAUGAGCUCUGACAGACUGGAUCUGGUCCAAAGGUCUCCUGUUGGAGUUCUCUAAGCGCCAUAUUUUAAACCUGAACACCUGAAGUUUAAUUAUUAAUUAUUUUUAUCUUCAUUCUCUUUCCUUUUUUCAGACUGAGGGGCUGCAGUUUGUCAGAGAUCAGCUGUUCUUCUCUGGCCUCAGCUCUGAAGUCCAACCCCUCCCAUCUGAGACAUCUGGACCUGAGUACCAACGAUCUGCAGGAUUCAGGAGUGAAGCUGCUGUGUGACUUUCUGAAGAGUCCAAACUGUAAACUGGAGACUCUGAGGUCAGAAUUUUUUCCUCCAUUCAAACAUGAUCAUGAUUUGUUUGUGAUGAUGACACUAAACUGCUGACUCAGGACUGAAAUACUGACCCAGACUGAACACCUUCAGUCCAGAGUAGAUUUUCUGCAUCAGUGGAUUAUUUGAUUGACUCCAGUUCGAUCACUGCUGAGCUCCAGUGAAUUAAAACCUGAACCCAAGAAGAAAACUCUUUGUAGAGUUCACAGUGAGAAGCACAUUCAGACAGAAAACAGAAGCAGGGGGAGAUUUGUCAGACGAGAACCAUUCAAACUUUUGUUCAGGACAAGAUCAGGGAAUAGAAAAAACUCAGAGUUUAGUUUCUGACUCUGAUGAAAGUCCAGCUCUGUUACUUUGAAUUUUGUUUUUGAAUCUUUGUGUGAAAAUCUGAAUUUUCUGGUUUAUCUGCACUUUUCUGAAGCCUUGCUGUGUUUAGACUGAAAUAUUUUCCUCUCAAAGACGUGAUAUUUUUGGUUCAGGAGAGUUCAAACACUCUGAACAUCCUUUAUUUCCCAUCCGUCCUGAAGUCGCUGACAUUCUCUGAAAAUAUUGAUCUGCAUCUACAAUCAGUAAAAAAGUCUCUUGAGUUUUUUAUUUCACUAUUUAAUGUGUUUUUGAAUUCACUGUUUCAAACUGACUUCCUGUUUGGUUCAGCUCUUUGGAGCGUCACUUUUCUGUGAUUCAGACUUUCCAAACCUUUCCCCUGAACUCUACAGAUUUAAGACAUCAGGUUUCAAACUGGAUCAUUUUUCUCUAAAAUCUCAUUAUUUCCUCUUUAUUUAGGUUGAGUCUCUGCAGUUUGACAAAGAUCAGCUGUUCUUCUCUGGCCUCAGCUCUGAAGUCCAACCCCUCCCAUCUGAAAACUCUGGACCUGAGUUUCAACAAUCUGCAGGAUUCAGACGUGGAGCUGCUGUGUGAUCUUCAGAAGAGUUCAGACUACAGACUGGAGGAUCUGGAGUCAGUAUAGAGUUGGAGUUAGUCUGUGCUGAUCUCUCCUGUUCCUCUCCACACAGUAUCACAGCAGAUAUUCAGUAUUUCCUGCUGACUCUUCGACCCUCUCAGAGGAUUCUUUCUUUAGUGAAGCUGUGAGAACAGAAAUCAUCAAACCAGGAGUGUAAGAGUGUCAGUCAUGAAAAAAGUGUCUCCUCGUCUCUAUAUUUCAGAUCAAAUGUAGAAAUGAGACAUAAUGAAAUAGAAAUGUUCAGUUUCUGCUCUGAAGUGGAGUUUAUAGUUCUCUGUAUUCAACACAGACUUUAUUUCUCUGCUAACUUGUUGAUUUUGAGCUCUAAGUUUGAAAACAGACAGCUGUUCUUUAUACUUGUUAUUUUCACAGCAGGUUUGUUCGAUCAGCUUUAACACAUUUGACAGGAAUGAUUUCUUUAUUUUGAUGAUGUUGGUUUAUUUGUGAGGAAACCUGCUGCUUUACACCAUCACUUCUGGUCUGAGCAGGACUGAGACCUGCUGGUCUGUAAACUGGAUGUUCUUCAGUCCAGCUGAUGAAGUGAGUCUCAGAGUGGAAACACUGAUCGUCUUUUUUUCUCUCCUCAGAUGGAGUUAA